AAGCUAUCCUUUCUGUCAUUUGGCUUUGUUUCUUUUUUUUUUGGGUUAAUUAUAUUUGUUUAUUUUUAAUAAUGGUGUCGUUUUUGCGGAGAAUGAAGAACUGAAGAAGACGAUAAAAGCAGCAAAAGAAACAGAGUAGAGGGAGAGAAACACAGAGAGAGAGAGAGAGAGAGAGAGAGACAGAGAGACAGAGAGAGACAGAGUUCAGUGAAUUCAUGGGUAUGGAAGAGAAGUUGUUUAAGGCCCUGGGUUGCUUCGCCUGACUUAGCUUCUUCGUCUUUCAGGAGCCAUAUGUGUUAAGAGUUUUGUUUUUUGUUGGGGUUGAGAAAAUUUUUGAAAUGGAUUUUACAGAGUCCACAAAGGUUGUGUACAACAGAAUUCACAAGCUAGAGCCUGAAAAUGUGUCUAAGAUUAUUGGGUACCUUCUGUUACAAGACCAUGGUGAGAGAGAAAUGAUCCGGCUUGCAUUUAGCCCGGAUAAUUUGAUUUAUUCAUUGAUUACCAAAGCCAAGUCUGACCUUGGCCUAAACAAACUAGCAGUUUCUGUUCCAAUCUCACCAUCUCAGGUGAAUUCAUCACCUGCUUCUGACAUCCCUCUACAGUUCACUCCCUUUUCGCGGAUUUCCUUGCAUCCAGUUUCGUCUCCAGCGCCUUCACACGGGGCUGCAAGUUCUUACUGGGAUGCUCAGGUGACUGGUGAGCAGCAACAGGUGCAUAACUUGGACUUUGGUAUGCGGGGGUUCUCGGAGUCGGUUUCUGAAGAUUAUAGGCUUCAGAACCAAAUGCAGUACUUGACUUUGGAUGAUCAGUUAGAGUUUGCUAAUUCUGUGAAUUCUGAUUUUUCUAGCAAUUACUUUUAUCCAGAACCUGCAUUAGGUCCUAGGACUAAUAGAAGGUCUCCUAGUUUGCCCGAGUUUCCUGUUAAGGUUUGUCAUUAUUUCAUCAAGGGGUUUUGUAAACAUGGAAACAACUGUAGGUAUUUCCAUGGUCAUCCAAUCCCAGAAAACUUACAGAUUUUCAGCUCAAAAUCAAAUGAGAUUUCAAAUGAAGAACUUGUUGUAUCGCCUGGGUCUCUCGAGAAGCUCGAGAGGGAGCUUACCGAGCUUCUGAUAUGGAGACGAGGGAUGCCUGUUUCAAUUGCCUCUUUGCCAAUGUUGUAUUAUGAAAAAUAUGGGAGGACUCUUCAGGCAGAAGGGUAUCUUACAGAAAGUCAGAGACAUGGUAAGGCUGGUUAUAGUCUUACAAAGCUUUUAUCUCGAUUGAAGAACAGCAUUCGUGUCAUUGACAGGCCUCACGGGCAGCAUUCAGUGAUUCUAGCAGAAGAUGUUCCCAAGUACUUGGACUGUGUCAGUGAAAGAAAUGACCCUGGUGGAAUUGUUACUGGUUCUAGGCAGAUCUAUCUUACCUUUCCAGCUGAAAGUACCUUUACGGAGCAAGAUGUUUCCAAUUACUUCAGCAAAUUUGGGCCUGUUCAAGAUGUUAGGAUUCCAUGCCAACAGAAGAGGAUGUUUGGAUUUGUCACUUUCGUUUUUGCAGAGACUGUCAAGCAAAUAUUGGCAAAGGGGAAUCCACAUUUCGUAUGCGGAGCUCGUGUUCUGGUGAAACCUUAUAGAGAAAAGUCAAGGCUUAUUGAUAGGAAGUAUUCUGAGAAAUUACAGCACCCGAUUUACUACGGUCCGCACUUUGUUGAUGGAGAUUCUGAGCUUUAUUCAAUGACAAGAGUUCUUGAUAAUUCAAGAAUGCUGAAGAAGCAGCUAAUGGAGGAAAAUGAGAAUGCACUCGAACUCGAGAGAAGGCGUCUCUUGGAACUGAAAUUAGUCCCCAAAUCCCUUAACCAUCAAUCUUAUUUUGGCUACUCCAUGGAUGAGUUGAAGUUUUCAAAAGCCACAGCAGAACAAGAAGAGUUCCCAUCUGCAGAACGUUUCAACCAGUUGCUGGAUGUUUUGAACAACGGCUCUUCCAGCGAGGACAAAUUCGAGCAUAUAAAUGCCAACGCCAACGUCAACGACAAUGGCCAAGAUAGCAGCCAAGUCCUCGACCUCCCAGAGAGCCCGUUCGCGUCGGUAGGGAGUGGCAUUUCAAAGGUUAUAUAGAGAAAAUACAAUACAGGUAAUAACUAUAGAGGAAGAGUUUUAAAGUAGUUGAAGUUGAUGGGUCAGCUUCAUAAUAUCAUCAAUUCAUACAAUAGCAACUGAAGGAGAAAAGGAAAUAUUAGAUGAACUAAUUGUCCAUGUUAUAUUCUUGGAGGAGAAUGCAAAGAACGCAGAGUUGAUACAGCAAAAGCAAAUAUGUUAUAGAGUUCUAAGCUUUGCUCUUUUUUUUUUUAAUUUUUUUUAUAAAUUUAAUGUAAUCACAGAAAAGCAAGCAAGCCAGAUAGCUUGGUGGGCUUUUACAAAGAAAAUGUAAUAGAUAUAUAGUCUCUUUUUAGUUAAAGUAAAAUACUGUGCAAGAAUUAAGAGGAAAAGUAUGAAAGUGCUAGAGCUUUAGAGCUGUUAUUAAAAAAAAAAAAAAAAAAAAGUCAUAUAUAUUCAAGUUCAAUUGGAGCCAAUGAGAUGAUUGACCCUUUUUUUGAUUUGA